AUGUACCCUGCCAAUUUAAAUGAUUAUCUCGCCAACCCGGAUAAAUAUGAAUUGCCAGAAAUUGCUUGUUUAGCUGUACCACGACUUCGACAGCUUGUCCGUAAGCGUGCAGCUGACCAAUUUCACACGGCCUAUCAGCAGAUUUACACGGCUCUAGUAGAUUCCCUGAAUGGCUAUUCGUUUUCUGCCCCUUUGCAUGCAGGCUCUCUUGAUCUGCCUGUAGCUAUUCUUCAUACUCCUGCACAGGUGGCCCAAUUGAUACUUAACACCUGA